AUGGCCAAUCUGCAACUACAAGAUCCAUUUUCGGUGUUAAAGGAGUAUCCUGAGAAGCUCACGCAAAUCCUCGUUUCUCCUAUAUACACAUGUUGUAUUCGAUUUUCUCCGCGCGGCGAUUACUUAGCUGCCGGUUGUUCAAAUGGCGCUAUUGUGAUAUAUGACAUCGACACGGCAAAACCGAUCACCAUGCUGGGAAGCGAAGGUGGAUGCCACAUAAGGUCUGUGCAAUCAUUAUCUUGGUCACGAUGUGGUCGAUAUCUGUUAAGUUCUGGAAGGGACUGGUGGAUUAAGGUGUGGGACUUGCAGUCAAGGAGCAGACCUUUGAAGGAACAUAAGUUCGACUCACCGAUCUGGGAAUGCCAUUGGAGUUCUAGAGCUCCAUGGGAGUGCAUUUCAACAGUAUUGGAAAAGAGCUAUGCCUACGUGGUUGAUUUUGUUGGAGAAGAGGCAAUUGUGCAAGAAUUGAAGUCAACUCUGGAUAAUGACGACGCUGAGAGUUUGGACCAUGGUUAUACGUUGGUAAGCUGCUCUCAUCCCCGCUUUUCUGAUCUUGUACUUACAGGGACUUCGAAAGGCUGGUUCAAAAUAUAUCAAUUGAGGCAAGAUGGCGUUACGCUUCGACACUGUUCCAAAUUCGCGAAUUCCAAUACAAAACAUCUCGUCAUUUCCCAAUCUGGGGAUAGAAUUGCUAUCAAUUCUUCAGAUAGGACCAUUCGUCAGUUUUCACUGUUCAUCAGCGACGAUAUGGAACACAUUAACAUUGAGAUUGAACACAAAUAUCAAGACGUGAUCAAUAAGCUGCAGUGGAAUAGUAUAUUCUUCAGUAACAAUUCUGCGGAGUAUUUAAUUGCAUCGACGCACGGAUCAUCUGCUCACGACAUUUAUCUUUGGGAGACGAGCAGCGGAACCUUAGUAAGGGUCCUAGAGGGCACGGAGGAAGAACUAUUGGACAUUGAUUGGAACUUCUACAACAUGUGCAUUGCAGCUAACGGAAUUGAAACGGGAAAUAUUUAUAUUUGGUCCAUUGUAAUACCGCCAAAAUGGAGCGCUCUGGCCCCAGAUUUCGAAGAGGUCGACGAAAAUAUUGAAUACAAAGAAAAAGAAGACGAGUUUGAUGAAAGCGAUGUUCUUGAACAGCAGCAGGAGCUAGACGAAGCCGAAGAGACGGAAAUCGAUUUACGAGCGCUGGAAAAAUUCGACGUGAGAGGCAACGAUCUCACCAUGAAAAGUUUCAUAAUUCCCAUCGAAUAUAGCGACAUAGUUAUGCUAAAAAUGUGGGACGGGGCAGGGGCUGCUUAG